UCGUCAACAUUCCUAGUCACCUUAUUCCCUCUCGCCCCCCACGAAGACUCGGACGAAGCAAAGAAUCGCUCAAAAAAACGCAGAGAAAAGAAGAAAAUUUCAGAUUUAAAUGGUUUCACUCUGCAUAAAAUUCGACGGAGAACCCUAGAGAGAGAGAGAGAGAGAGAGAGAGGAAGAUCAAAUCAAUGGCGUCUCUGCAGAAAUUCAAGGUCCUCGCUACUCGCUGCGGCACCGUCGCCGAGAGCCCGACUCGGAGCCCGGUGAUCCACCUCCGCCGCAGGAAAACGCUGCGUAUGCUACUCACCCGAUCGUCCGAUCGCCGGCAAUUUUCCCAUCGCAAUGACUCGCCGGAGUUUAAGGGAGCGACAACGGCGGCAGGAGAUUCGACGGAUAGCGGCGGCGGCGGCGGUGGAGGGAAGAGGGAAAAGAUCCGAUCUCGCCGGAAACUGAAGGAGCUAUUCGUGUCAUCGCCGCCGUUUGAGGGGAGAGGAAGCGGCGGCGGCGGAACUUCGGAGGAGACGGAAGGGCUUUUACCGGUUAACGGCGACAGAGACGGAGGCGGCGGAGAUGUCGGCUUGGCGGCUCGGCGUGCCGGCUUAAGGGGCUCGCUGAGGCCGGUAUCUGCUACGUUACGGUAUAGGUUACUUCGUAGAGCUUGGCGUCCCGUGCUUGUCACUAUUCCUGAACAGUAAAUAAAUUCACAAAUAUUUUUAAAAAAGUAACAUCAAUUAGUCGAUCUUAUUUAUUUA